AAUGGUGUCACUGUCAAGCAGCAGCGUUUUACGGUCAACUGUCGUAGAGCGAGAACUUGUGCCAUUACAAGGCUUUGGCUAAAUCUAAAUCCAUCCAGCAGCGUUAACCAGUAGGCUUCUUUUGAAAGAGAUGUAGCUUACAUCAGACUGUAGUACCGAUGAAGCGAUGCGAUAUAAGCAGGUCGCUACUAUGUCGGAACAAGAAACCAGCAGAAGCUCUCAAAGCACAACCCUGAGUGUGGAAGUCAAUUUGAAGGCCACCAAAGAUUUAAAAGAUUUCCAAGACACACAAAGUUGUUCAAAUUUAAGUAGCCCAGACAGUGGUAUGGGAAACACAAUCUUUUCUUCGCCUGAAAAGUCUGAUAAGGAGGGAAGUGACAGUGUGGACAAUAAGGAUCGAGAUGGGUCUGGAAGGAACAGUCCUGGUACUCCCCAAAGGAUAAAGCUUGCCAGAAAUAAUGUGUAUGGCGCAGGAAGUAAGAGUACUACUAAUUCAAAUUCAUCAAAGGAUUUUACGAGUUGGAAUCAUCUGGUUAAUAAUGCAAGUCAUCUGACAAGCAACCUCUGUGCUCUGAAGUGUUCUGACAAAGCAAAACAGAACACAAGUCCAGAACAUAAUCAUGGCCUUUUUAGCUCUACUCAGGAACUUCAGAGCGAAUCGAUUGUCUCAAAUAAUUUAAAAGAAACCACUCCUGGUGAUCACUGUGUGAAGAAGGUGCCUGACAGUAGAAGUGAAUUGCCUUUACUGGACUACCCUCUUUUAGCAGGUAAAAAUGUAGAGAGUAACGCUAAGGUAGAAAGGCAAACACCAAAUGCAGAGAAUCGAAAAGAAUUUGUGAAAGAAGAGUCAUUGGUGAGAAAUGAUAGUGAUGGGUUUGAAAAGUUAGAAGAGAAAGAGUUACAUGUAACAUCUGGUGUAAAUGUGGAUGCCAGCACAUCAAGCAAAAAUGGAGGUAGUAUUUGGCAAAUUACUGCCAUAUCCAGUGAAUUAGAGGAAUCUAUAGAUAGUAGAAAAGUAAAUGACAAUGCUGUGAGUGGAGAUGGUGCAUUUAGAGAAUGUUUCCAAGUGAUACCUUUAAAUGGCAAUACAGACAGAAGCCAAGAAUUCAGACCAACUAGUAUUGGCAUUUGUAGUACUGAUCAUAAAGGUGGUGUUGAAAGUUCCCUGGAAAACCCCAAAGAUGCCAAUCAAGGUAGUCAUAUAAGAAUGGAAAAUGUGACUUCACAGAUUGUUUUCCAACCCAACAAAGAACCAGAUUUACAGAGGGAAAAUGAUGCAGUAGAAGAAGGUAUAAUAAGCAGUUAUGCUAACAAUCCCUCACAGGAAAGUGAACCAAGUGAAAAGCUGAAAAGUGACAUGAAAGAGAUGGGCAGUGUUGAGAAAAUUGAAGUGAACUGUACUCAUAAUGAAAACCAAAAUGUAUUGUGUGAUAACGAAAGGCUUCAACCAAAGGAGAUUCUUGACGUGGAUGUGAACAUGGGAAUUGACCUAGAUGCCAUAAGGGAUACAGACUCCGAAGCAGGUGAAUCAUGUUGCAGUGAAGACCAAGAUAUGUGUGAAGGGGAAAAUGGGUGUCUUCACCAAGAUGGUGUUUGCAGCACAGAGCAGAACUGGGACUACCUUAUGGAUGAAGAGUUUAAUGUCCCCAAAAAGCCAAUCCUGAAUGGAUCUGCCGAUCAGCUCGAACGACGGAGUAGCCUCAAGCGUAAAGCAACAGAGGAAGCUGAAGAGGCAACACCAACAAAAUGCAAAAGAGGUAUUCAGUUUGAGGGAGUGACAGUAUUUUACUUCCCUCGGUCUCAAGGCUUCACAUGUGUCCCAUCACAAGGAGGCUCAACCUUAGGGAUGUCCAGGCGUCAUGCUUAUAUCCGUCAAUUUUCUCUUGCUGAACAUGCUGUAGAACAAAGAAGAGCUCAUCGUGAAUAUCUUUUAAGACUGAGACAGCAACGAUCUGCAAGGGAACGGGGAGAUAGUAGCAGCAGAGGAAGUAGUUCAGAAGACAGCGAAGAAAACAGCGAAGAAGCUAGUGAUCUUUCAGAUUCAGAGUUAGAUGCGAGCAGUAUUUAAUUUUUACAGCCUUUGCCAAUUCGUCAACGUCGUGCUCUGUUACGCCAGGCUGGUAUUUGUCAUAUUGAAGGGCUAGAAAAAGAAGAAUGCAAGGACAUUAGGGUUUCUCGGGAAUUAUGCGGCUGCCAGUGUAAAGUAUAUUGUGAUCCAGAUACAUGCGAAUGUGCAGAAGCAGGAAUUAGGUGUCAGGUUGACCGACACAAUUUCCCUUGUGGGUGCUCAAGAGAAGGCUGUGGUAAUACUUAUGGAAGAAUAGAGUUUAAUCCCAUAAGGGUGCGAACACAUUUUAUCCAUACAUUAAUGCGUUUAGAGAUUGAAAAAAGACAACACCAGCAACAACAACAACAACAACAGCAACAGCAGCAGUGGCAGGAUCAGCAACGAGCCAAGUGGCUUGCUACUACAUCUGCAUCGACUAAUGGCUUUAGUAGCGGUAGUGGUGGUGGCGUAGCUGCAGGGAACUUACCAUUCUUUGAAAGCAGUGGUAGAGAAGCAACUACUUUGGCUGUUACAGAUCUCAACAAAUUCACCUCCACUGUUGAGAUGGCAUCUUGUGUUGGGUCAAUGAGUACUCCACUCUACCCUCAUUUUGAAUCCCGCCAAAUGAUAGGUCCUGGGGCCCCUCCACCUACAGCAUAUGUUCAACAAGACAGUGUAGGUGACUUCAACUCUGGGACUUGCUCUGUGUUUGGGGGACUGGGUACGACCUUUGACCCAGCUUCCCCAUAUGGAGCCUGCCAUAGUUUUCCUUCUUCUAGUGUGGUACCGCCCCAGGUAGUAACUCCGCAGGUGGUGCCACAGGUGGGCCCACAGUCUACUCCUGAGUCCUACAACUCUCUCUCCAAGUUUGCCAACACAGCCAAUUUAGUAUCUACUUCUUUCCCAUAUUCUGGUGCUCUUGUUCCCGUCAAUUGCUCUAACACUCAUAAUAACAAUAAUAAUAAUAACUUUUGUGUACCAGGAGUACAUGAUAACUCUGCCACCACUGUUUUUGGACACUACCAUGAGCAUGGCACUGUAACACAAAACCUUUUUAAGGCUAGUAUAAGUGAUUGCAGUGAUUUCCAACCAAAUUUCGAAGCUAUUUCUUCUUCUGCUUCUUCAGACAAGACCAUCAGGUACAUCCCUGCAGCAGCUUCAUUGAUGGAACCAAGCAAAGAUGCAUGCAAUGAGUAUGCCACCUCAGAAGCAAACAUUACCAGUUGUUCCUCAGUUGGUGAAAACAGCUAUGAAAUGGGAAAUUUAACCACAUCAUCAAGUGCUCAAGAUCACAUAGCUGUAGUAGGCACAGAGAUUAUUGAAAGACAGUUGACAUCACUCCCUGUUUCUUCUCAUUCUUCACCCCUAACUUUAGAUACAAGUCACAUUGCUAGUUCAAGUAAAGAUCUCACAAAUCCAGCAGGAGAAUCAACUGAAACAGCGGAGAACUUGGGAGAAAUUGUCAAGAAAUCCAUAGUAGAAACUGUCUCUGCGUGAGCGUUUAAAAAUGGUGAUAUUUUUUUAUUUUAUCUAGGUCAUAACUAGCUUUGUUUAGUAAAAAAAAAAAAAAAAAAAGAAUGAGGAAGUUCUAUUGCUGUAUCAUGAAGCACAGUGCAGUAUUAUGUGGAUGAUUACUAUUUAAAUUGGAUUAAACCAGUGGUAAUAAGUUUAGUUUUUCUUAAUUUAUGUUACACCCUGAAGCUCAGUGGCUGUGCCUUGCUGCUAUAUGUAGAACUCAUUGAGAAUGAUUGAUUUUCAGCUUUAAGUAUACUUAUCUGCAAAAUGUUUCAUUCUUCAUAGCCAUGAGUUGUAUGUUGAAGAGAAGAACAUCACUGCUUCAGUAAGCUCUUUCCUUAUCUCUUUUACAAUUUGAGACCCUACAACUGGAUCAUUACAAACUUUUUCUUACACUGAGAAUAAUUGAGGCCUCAUAAAUGUAAGUAUACAUUAUGGCUUUUAUGUCGUUGGUUUAUGUUCUAUAGCUUUUUUUUAUUUUUAAUUAGCACAAAAUUUUGUACUGUGCUUUGUAAAUUAAAAUUUUAAGUUGGCGUAGACUUACAGACUAUGGUAGUGUAUUAAUCUCUAUGGUUAACCAAUAAUAUUUAUUUGUGUACACAUUUUUGUAUCAUAGUUCAUCUUUGUAAGUAAAAUUUGUACAAAGAUGUUUUGCAUUUUUUUAUGAAAUUUUUCUUUUAAAGAGUACACAUGUUUUGUUUUACAUUCCUCAGAAAUCUCAACCUUUAGCUUUUUCGGUGAAAUAUAGUAUACUAUUGCAACUUAUCAGAAAUUGCAUCUCAUUUUGCUUAAAUAGGUUGUGAGUUGACAUCUGAUGAUAGAAUUAUUUAGAUUUUACAUGUAAGAAUAGAGACCAAAGUGACAGUAGUAAAUACCCUGAUUUUAGGUAAAAAGUAUAUAUAUAUGUAUAUGAAAAAUAAAAAUUUAAAUAGGAACCUGGAUCUUACCUUAAAGUUUUUAGUAAUGUAUGUUGGGAAAAGUUUGUAGUGAUGCAAGUGGGACCUCCACACACACACAGUAUACGUAACAUACGUCGUCUGUUGAAAAAAGGGAAGUAUGCCAAAAUGCAAGAGGGGGAUAUAUGUUGGCAGAUCACCAAGAGAUUUUGUAAGAAAUUCAAGGAGGGUCAGCACCAUUCUUUCAAGGUACUCAAGGUUUAUUGAGUAAAUGCUUGCAGACAUAAAAGCUGUAAUGAAAUGCUACUAAAAUUUUAACUUAAAAAAAUUUGGAAUUUGGAGGUUACGUUAUGGCCAAUGUUAAGUACGUAUACUUAUUACUGUGCAUUAUACUUUGUUUCAGUGCUCUUAAUUUUUAUUCUUUAACAAAUAUAUUUCCUUUGGCUAAUACACUUAUUUCAUUUAUAAUUCAUAAAGAACAUUAGCACUAUUUAAUUUAUAUUUCAUAGAGAACAUUAGCAAGCUCAACAGUAUAAAGAAACAAUUGACUGAGUGAAUAAUUGUUUUUUAAAUGUCUACUUGCUGGUACAGCUGGCAUCAUGAGUUUUGGUACACAUUUAACAACUUCAUACACAGUGUACCAAAUAAGAUCUAUUUGUUUUGGAAAUGAAAAGCUGAUGGCAAUGCUGCCUGCAAAACAAAGUUGCAAAGCUUGUAGACACUUAGCAAAAAGCAUGUUUAGCAAAUAAUGACAGUGUUAAUUAACAAUUUAAAGGUAACUUUGUGGAGUUGCCAGAUGUCCUCUUAGCUUGCCAUGUUUACCAAAAUUCAUAUGGCCAACUUACAGAAUCAGAGAAAAGAAACUGCAGUUUAAAAUGAACAAAUUUUUGUUUAACAUCAGUAUGAUGGGAUGAAGGCAUCAGAAUAUUUUUCUAAAAAGAUAUCAAAGUUCUUAUGAAUAAAUGUUAAUUGAAAAUUUUCACUUUUCCAUAAAGUUUUUACUAAUACAGGGUAUUGAAAUAUUUUUUAGAACUCUGUUUCUGUCUUCUUAUAAGAGAGUCUAAUAUACCUUCAAGAAUGUUUGUUCUACAGAAAUUGAUUAGAUACACAGGCAUAAAUGAUAUGAGGUUCUUGGAAUUUUUAAUGUAAACUUCAUUUUAGGGUCAUUGGAUGACUGAGCCUUAAUAAUGAUGUUAAAAACUUUUUAAAUGCAUAAGUUUUUAUAGAAAUAGCAUUUUUAUAUCGUGGGCAUGUCCCACUUACCAGGGUCCCACUUUUUAUUAAUAUAUAAAGAAAUUAUUGAAAUAGAAUGGUGAAUGUAAUGCAGAGAUAUUGUUGCUGUUGUUUCAAGGUGCAGCAGAUGCUGUACUGAAUGCAUAUAAGAAAGCAGUUUUUAUAUGAAGUUAUUACUGUUGCCAUUUGGAGGGUACAGGCAUAUAGUAAUAGCUGUUAAUAGUGGUCAUAUUAUCUGUCAAUAAGCACUCCCAUUGAUCUUCUUGAUUUAUGCUUAAUAUCGCUUUUGGGGAUGGAACAUACUUUACAUUAGACUGUGCUUUUUUUUUAUUGAAUGAACGAAUCACAAAUUUUUUGUUCAGUUAAUGCAUUUAGUUGUAAUAAACAAUUUUUAUGUAGAUUUCAUUCAUUAGGAAGUCAGAAGCAGACUUACAUUUUGUUGUUCCUGUUAACCUCUAGUUUGUUACUCCAAGCAUAAGAAGUACGUAAUAGUUACAAUUGUUAUGAUGGUGCUCCUAGGUUACAUUCUUUUACAUUUUCUGGAAACUGUGAGAGAAAUGCUGUAUUUUUUGUUUUUACCGAUUUCCUUAGUUUUGAAGCUGUCUUUGUAUUAUUAUCGCCUGUAAAUAUUUUUCAUCACAUUGUCUUGAUGGCAGUGGUUUAGAUUGCUAAUUUCUUGAAAGCCUCGUGUAAAUAUGCUUUUUCCUUCCAAUGCUGUCCCAACUUAUGAGAAGAAUCUGGGGUAAAAUUCUUUGGCAGAUUGAGCUGUACUAUGGAGAUUGCUGGAAGUGCAGUAUUAGCCGUCAUUUCAUACAUACAGUGAACUGCUCUUAUUGUAAAAACAUGUAAGUGCACUUUUUACUUAUGAUGUUAAUUUAUUGAAAUAGUAAUUGACUCAACAUCAUUUUAAACUAACUUUCAUUCUGUAUAUGAAUUUGACCCCAUAAAAAGUAUGCCACAGCCAUCAUUAAGAUGAUUAAUACUUAGAUUCAGGACAGUUUUCUUCUAAUAGAUUGAGCAAAGAAUUAGUUAAAAUCAGUUUUAAGGAACCAUAAUACUAUUCUUGAGGAGAAGCAAUGAGGAGUAAGUUAUGGCAUGUUCAUAUUGUACAAUAAAUGUCUUGUGUAUAUGGAGAUCAUCUCAGAGGUGCAAUUUUUUAUGUGAAAAUACUUUUUAAAAGUAUAUUGUUUGA